CAAUAAAAGGUGUCCAUGCUCUUCAAACAUUACAAUAGUUACAUCCACUUGCAGUACUGGAGGUUAAGUGUCCCAUCUGUUACCUGUCUAAUGGAGAGAGAAAGGGCGGGGAUAAUCAGCCCUGACCAAGACGUUAACUCCAGCAGGGAAGCAGGGAGGAGGAUAAGGAUUGUAAUUUCGGUUUAAGAAGAUUAACUUAGUAGAAGAGCUCGCUCUCCAUCUGCAGUUUGCCUCACACAUAGUGAUGUUAUAAUGAGUAAAUCAUUGUUAUCUUGAUUUAAAUCGCGCGUUGAUUGUAAUGAUUUCGCGUGGAGUAACGAUGAUUGCUGGAUUGGCUUGGCCUGGAUCGGUGUUGAAUUGGCAUCGUGCAUGUUAGCGCUUAAACGCUUUACUAGCGGAAAUGAAGACGCGACCCACAGGCAGCACCUCCAACGCCGACUGGAUGGGCUCUCUGUGCCCUGCCCUCACAUCAAUGCCCCUCAAGUACCUGGCGGUUCCAGGGUCUCAUGAUUCCUUCAGCUUCUGGGUGGAUGAGCAAGCUCCAGUCGGUCCAGACCAGAAAGCAUAUGUGAAGCACCUAGCUGCGAUAUUCCGCUUUCUUGCCAAGAAGGUGAUGAAGAAGUGGUCCAUGACUCAGAACCUCACUUUCAGGGAACAGCUUGAGGGAGGAAUACGCUAUUUCGACCUGCGUGUGUCCACCAAACCAGGAGAACCAGGCCAUGAGAUUUACUUUAUACAUGGGCUGUUUGGACACAAAGUACGUGAUGGCCUUAAUGACAUCAACAAUUUUCUGAACGCGCACAAGAAAGAGGUUGUUUUUUUAGAUUUUAAUCAUCAUUAUGCAAUGAGCGAGGAGCAUCAUCGUUACUUAAUCAAGAUGCUGAAGGAUGUGUUUGGUCACAAGCUCUGCAAGAUUGAUGUGGUGGAGGAGAUCACUCUAAACUAUCUGUGGGAGAACAGGUACCAGGUCCUAGUGUUCUACCAUCAUCCAUCUGCCGAGGGCUGCUCUGUGAUGUGGCCUGGUAGUAAAAUUCCCGCUCCCUGGGCCAAUACCACAGACACCACCAAGCUCAUCCAGUUCCUGGAGACGACGCUGGGUGAACGAGCCAAAUACGGCAGCUUUCAUGUAUCUCAGGCCAUUUUAACCCCACGUGUCAAGACCAUCGCCAGGGGCCUGGUACGGGGGCUAAGAAACUACCUGGUGGAGAAGAACCUUCCAACCAUAAUGACAUGGGUGGAGGCACAAAAGCCAGGCAUAGAUGGGGUCAAUAUCAUCACCUCAGACUUCGUAGAACUUGUGGACUUCGCAAGCACUGUUAUUAGAUUAAAUAACCUCCUCCUUCAAGAUCGACAGGGCACAUGACCUUUUCUUUGACUGAAGAUGUGCUGACCACAAAGAACUGGGAUCACAUGGAGGUCACUGCAUGUGAUUAUCAAGAGGUGACGGAUACCAUAUAAGUGCCAUUAGUCUGAUACCCAUGUUUUGCUAAUUUCACUGUAAGGUUUUUUUUCUUUCUUUUUAACAGCACUUGUUUAUGUACAUUGUGUAUUGAAAAAAACUAAUGUGUGUAAUUAUUUAUGAUUAAUUAUAAUAUUUUAGAACACAUUUGAAUAAAUAUUAAAUGUUUAGUCUGUCAUAUAGAAAAUACCAAUGAAUAACUUCUUACUGGUACAAAAAUUAAAUUAUAAUUUAAAUAAAAUGUUCCAUUUUUUUCCAUUGUGACAUUAUAAAUAUAAAAAUAUACUUUUGAUUUUAGUGUGAAAUAUGACACAAGCAUGACACUCUUUGUGAGAUUGACCCAAUUAGCCCUUUAAAUGGAAUGCUGAUAUUCUUUUUUUUUUUUUUUUUUUAGAAUCAGUAAUCAUCUUUAGCUAAUUUCAGUUUUUUUUAUUGCUCCUCAGUAUUUAAAAAAAACUGUUCUUAAGAGUAUUCACAGAAAUUAUGUGACCGGCUCCACAUCCAGGACCCUGCAGAGCGCAAGAGGUUCAUCCACACCUGCAUUUCCAUGUGACCAUAUCCACAUUCCAGUGACUGUUUUCUGUGGACUCUGGGAUGGGAAAGCCAUCAGAUAAUGACCAGGACCAUGUGAACGAGUCCACACAGAGCAUUUGAAUUCAAUAAAGGAACAAUUAUGUGCUCAAAGCAUGGAGGUAUUUAGGAAGAGAGAAAGAAAGCGGAGACAGAUCUAAUCAGCACAGCUGCUCUCUUUGGCUUUAAAAUCACAGGUUUCGUUCACCGCCGUUAUCACAAAGGGAAUGUUUCCCCUGAGUUACAUAUAUUCAUAAUGAAUUUUUAAGUGAGAAAUGAUGUCAAGUUUUGAAUCAGAAGACAUACCAUAGGGUCUGAGACUACUAGUGCAAAUACUGCAUUCUAUGCAAUUUUUUCAUUACAAAUUAUUAUUAGCAUAACAAUCGAGUGAAGAGUUACACUGGGUGUCUCUGAACUGAAAUAACACCUGAUGAUCAUGUUCUCCAGCAUGAUUUGAGAUGUUUUUAAAGAGCAUAAUCUUCAGUGGAGGCAAGAACAUCUG